AUGGAGAACAGAGCAAUCCUCAUGGUUUUGGCUUUUCUAUUAUGUGGUGUCAACAUUAACGUUCUAGUAAGUUGUGAAUACCACUACGCAGACUUGAACGGUUUCCAACAAAAAGAGAAAGUCACACAUCUCCAUUUCUACCUCUUCGACACGCUCAGUGGAAAUAAACCAAGUUCAGUAGAAAUUGCACGCCCAAACAUCACCACCAUUGGUGAAAAAUCACCAGCCCCGUUUGGGCAUGCGUUUGCUAUUGAUGAUCCAUUAAGAGAAGGUCCAGAUGAAAAAUCAAAAGUUAUUGGGAAUGCAGAGGGUCUAUAUUUAUCAUCAAGUCAAGGUGAGAAACUGACACUGGUGUAUUAUGUAGAUUUUGGAUUUACAACAGGAGAAUACAACGGAAGCUCUAUCAGUGUGUUUUCGAGGAAUCCAGUGACUGAGAAAGAUCGAGAGUUGGCUGUGGUUGGUGGAAGAGGCAAGUUUAGGAUGGCUAGAGGUUUUGCUCAUGUCAGGGCCCAUUUCCUCAACCCUGCAACUGGUGAUGCCAUUCUUGAAUACAAUGUCACUCUCCUUCAUUACUAG